AUGAGCUCCGUCAGGAAAGCGUCCAAGCCAUCGGCGGGAGCUCCUCCCAUCAUCACCCGCGCCCCUCGACCAUUCUGUCUCUUGGGAAUCAUUGCCGAGUACGCACGCCAUACGACACCCAUCACGCUACGUUUCAGUGAGGGCAGACACUCCUUCUUCAAAGACGUCAUGAACAUCACAGACGCUGUCACCAACGCGCUGGUCUUCCGUGUGGAAGUCAAGGCCUUCUCCCUGUCUGGCAAGAAGACGCUCAUCGAUCACGCGGGACGGCGACUGUUCGAUUUCUACCGCGCCGGCGGCGGUCUCUCCACCACGUACCAAGGCGAAAGUUGUGACGAGACGAAAAAGCUUCUCUUCACCGUCGACAAGAUUGGCACCUCGGAGUCGGAGCUCUUCAUUGCCUUUGAUAAUCUUGCUGCGGAUGGCCGGCGUCAGCGAUGGUCGGUGAAGGGACGAUGGCUGCCCGGCGUGUCCCAGAUCGCAAACAUGUCUGGUCUUGCCGUCGCCAACAUCUCGAGGGACUUCAGCGAUUUCUGCUCCGACACACAGACAUUGGAGGUCACAGUCGCUCCAGGCGUCGACGCUGCUCUCGUGUCGGCUCUCUGCGUCUGCUUCGAAGAGGCGUACCGCUGCGUAGGCCACAGCAGUUCUUGCCAUAAUAGAUCCGGCACAAGUGUUGCUCUUCGACACAGUUCUAUGGGCAUGAGCUCAGGUGCUGCCCUCGCGGCGGCCGGACCAAUGGGCAUGGGGCCGGGCAUGGGCCAAGGCUUCUGA